UGUAUGUCUAACAAAAAAUAAUCAGGCACUUUAUCACUCUUUGAUAUUAUACACACGCAAGAAGAAUCAUCCACUUGCGCACGGAUGGCAAACAUUCUUGAAUGAAUGCCUUCUUAACAUAUCUUACAACUUAACCAUCACAAUUGAGUAUUCAUAGAAGUAGUACUCAGAUAAUCACACAUAAACACAAAAUGGCAACAACGUCUUCUGCUCCAGCAAACAAGGGAAUCUCUGCUCCAGAAAUCCUUUGGGCUCAACGUUCAUCAGAAGAUGAACCAGAGAAGAACGUAGUCAUGGUAACAAUCAACGUUCCAAACCUUCCACCACAACCAGCAACAAAGAUUGAUCUAUCAGAACAAAGUUUCAAAUUCCACACCAAAGUUCAAGCUGACAAAGCACACGGAAUUGAAGAACGUGAAUAUGCAUUCGAAUUGGAAUUAUUCGACAAAAUUGACGUUGAAAAUAGCAAAAUUUCUCAAAAUGCAAAAGCUCUUUAUCUAAACUUACGCAAAAAAGAUCUCAAAUUGGAAUAUUGGCCUCGUUUAAGCAAAGACAAGAUCAGACUGCAUAACGUUAAAACUGAUUUUGAUAAAUGGGUUGAUGAAGAUGAACAAACCGGUAACGUGGACGACUUUGGCGCCAUGGGCGAUGGUGGUAUGGGCGGCAUGGACCCUUCAAUGGCCGGAAUGGGUGGCAUGGGCGGAAUGGGAGGUAUGGGUGGAAUGGGCGGCAUGGGAGGAGCCGGUGGAAUGGGUGGCAUGGACUUGCAAGCUAUGUUGGCUCAAAUGCAAGCUGGCGGUGGCGCUGGAAUGCCUGGCAUGCCUGAUCUCGGUGCCAUGGGCGGCGAUGGCUUUGGAGAGGAUGAUGAAGGCGAAGACGAUGAUGAAGGUAAGCCAAUAGAUGCCGUCGCAGGUCAAGGAAAGGCAGAAUCCGUGGAAGAAAUUCAAUCUGAAGGUGUAGCAGCAAAGGACAUCGAAAAAGUCGAUUAA